AAGUCUUUCCAUCCCGAAGAGACUUUCUAGUGCUUUUGAAGAGAAUUGUUGGUUUGACUGAUGAACUACAUGGAAAAUAGACCUUUCUUUGAUUUGAAGCAACAUUUUUUGAAAGUAACAAUUCCAUUGAGUCCAUACCUAAAACAUUAUCCUGUCCGGCAUUCACAAUUAUCAUUGAAGUUUGCUAGCAUAUCUAUUUGCCACCAAAUUUACCUUGUCCUCGUCUUACAAUUGUGUAUAUAUUUAUCUCAAACUUUUUCUUGUGAUUGAAAGCACACUAUUCCUUAAAUUUUGCAUCCAUUAGAUGGCUAAUGUCAUCCAAGAUACUAGAUAUUACUAACCAGUAGUGGCAAAGUGUGCCUCUUUCUUCUCUCCCUAGUAGUCCUUGUUUGUCUCACACAUUACUCUUUGUCAAGCAUCAAUAUAUAGUAAUCCUUAUUCUAUUUAUUCGUAGGAUUUCCGGUGCCAAUUAUAGUAAAGGUAAAAAGACUUUCUCCAUCUUUUGGAUAGGGUUGGGGGAGUUUGAAGACUUUUUCUAGAGAUGAAAUUCUGAAGGAUGACUAUAAAUAAACAAUCUUGCCGAGCUAUUCCUUGAGUAACAUAGACAGAAGAUGUUCUCCAUUUCCUGCAUUUCUCAACUUCUCCCUCCAGUCAUCCACGUUUGUUGAUGUUCACCUCUCUCAAACUAUUUAUUGAAGAUAACUUACUUUUUCAUUGCAAUAUUAGAAUGAUGUAGAAGUUUGUCAGCUUUAAGAUGUUUAAAUUGUGGCCAGUAUUUGAUGAAAAGCAUUAUAGCUGAAUGAUCAAGCUUUCUACAUUUCACAUUUUUCAAGAAGCACAAGAAACUACAGGGAAAUGCACGUCUUAAUUUGUUUCGCAGUCCUCAUAUAUUUUACAACGUAAAUGAUGCUCAGAUAUGUGUAUAUUGCAUUUCUGCACUAUUUAUAUCAUGCUCUUGUCAGAUUUUUGUAGUUCUCUUGUGCAUAAUAGUACUACCUUUACUUGAAGGGGUACUGAUGACCCGAGAAAAGAUGACCUUUAAAUCUUUAAUUGCUCUAGUACCUUUUUGUUUAAUGAAAAUGAUGUAAAUGGCCUAGAUAGCUUUACAGAUUUUUGAGCUAGCUAGAGCUGUACAACCAGCUUGGAAGCCUUUAAAAAGGUGAAUAAAAAUACCACGAAGUGUGCGUGUAUAAGUACCUGAAAUCUACAUUCUUUAGGUGGUAAAUCAAAAUCUAAUUGAAGAAAAAUAGUCAGUAGAUUAAUUAUUUGGAAUUUAAUGGUUCUUCAAUCAGUUUUCUAUUGCAUUAGGGUUUCAUUUGAGAUAUUUUCUUCAUUAAUAUGGUUCUGUGAAAAUGUUUUAAUUUGCAUAUUUUGUAGGAGCAAGUUGAAUCCAAUUGCUAAUCCGACUUUUUCUGGUGCAGGUUUCCUUGAAUCUCUUUGGAGGGACAUUGAUAUGAACAGACUCCACCAUGACCGUAAUGACGAUUUGAAUCUUGUGAUUAUAUCCCAUGGUCUAGCUAGUCGUGUCUUUCUGAUGAAGUGGUUCAAGUGGACGGUUGAGCAAUUUGAGUAUCUAAACAAUUUAGGAAAUUGUGAAUUUCGAGUUAUACAAUUAGGGCUUGGUGGAGAAUACAGCUUAGCGGUCCACCAUACUGAAGAAGAGAUGCUAGAAUGGGGACUAUCCCCUGAAAUGAUUUCAGACCAAAAAUGGCGAGCUCAUGCUAGCAGGAGUUCAUGGAACGACAAAUGCUCUUGGUACCUUGAUGCUUUCUUUGACCAUCUAGCUAAUUCAGAUGAUGAUGAUUAUGAUGAAGUGAAAUCAAACUUCUCCGACUAGUUUAGUGCUGCUUUUGGUGCACUUGUUCUGAUUCCUUACAUCAUGUAGUCUAUAUGAGUAAUUAAUUUGGUUAUUUACAGAGGUAGUCGUAACAUCCAUUUGACUUUCAUGCGGUAGUCCACUUUUGGGGGCAUAGAGCAUUUGUUUGAUUUUGUUGCAUUCAAUAUCAGUAACAUCAACUAAAGAGCUGAUUGUAAAUUUUAAUCAAUUGUCUUUAUAUCA